AUGAUCACCGACGCGAUCGAGCUGAUCCUCUCGCUGCUGCGAAUGAUCACGUCGUUUGCCGUGCUCGUCGGCAACAUCCGGAAAACCUUCCUCCCCGCCCAAAUCAAAUACCUACAGCCCGGCCAGCAUCACUACGAUUAUUACCUGCUCAACGCCAUCUUCAGGGUGACCACCUUCAUGGACGUGACCAUGUUCUCGCUCAACUUUAUGUGGAUCUACUGCCUGCAGUGGCAUCUGUUCUAUUCUGAAGAUGAAGACGAAGUGGAUCUACCCCUGGAUUUUGAGGCCAUUUUACGAGAACAUCUCCAUUGCGUGAACUGCUUCACUGCUAGCUGCUCAUAUUCAGUCUGUCCUAUGACCAGCUGCCGAACGUGCAAAUCGGAGUUGCAUUCCUGUAAAAUGGAGGAUCACCUGGAGAUUUGCGAAUUGCAACUCGUCCCCUGUCUCAACGCGCGUUUUGGCUGUGAAUUCCGGAUGCUACGCAGUGUGCUUGGCGUGCAUCUCGAGAAAUGCGCCGCCAGCGCAGUCGUUUGUACGCGGGAAAGUAACUGGAAAUGUUUGAACGAUGAAGCGAAGGCCCAGCUAAAGCGUUGGGGAAAAGGGUUUGACGACUACAGACCUGUACAAACCAAUGAGGAGGAGCUGGACCUGAUGCUCGCACAGCGUGUACAGGAUGAAAUUGUGGAGAGUUACGGGUAUAGCCGGAAUACGCGCGUGAAAUGCAGGGACCGGAUUAACAGGAAGCAUCCGAUAGUACCGUUACGGCCUAUCUACAGCCAAAAUGGUGAGCUGAUUGGUCCUCUAGCUAAAGAAAAUCACGAUAAAGGGGACAGUAGCGAUGAAGAAAAAGCCCUGGAGAAAGCCAAACGCAAAAAGCAGUUGGCAAUGUUCGCGAACUGUUGGAUGUGUCAGUACGAUCCGGCCAGCCAACACCUCCACACCCUCGGAAAUGAAAAUCAAAAGUAUCGAUAUCGGACGAAGAAACGGACCACGCCAAAAGUUGUCGGACCGUUUAAUGAGGAGCGGAGGCUGAUGAUAGCCCUCGACCAGGAAUUCAUCUCGGAAGUGGCGACAAAGUCGGAUAACAUCUAUUUCCUGCGUCGUGGCGGGACCAUUUAUACCCGAAAAUGCCUAGAUGUUCUCCGGCGGGAUCAUGCCGAUCACCACUUUAUCAGCCAACACUCUUCUGGCGAGAACUUCCUACCGGAACUCGUCAAACGUUGCCCGCUAUGGCACCGGGGUUGCCCAUUUUAUUGCAAGCCAUUGCGCCCGAAAAAUGGGGAGUUGAGGUAUAUCGACGGGUGCUUCCAGUUUCGUCCAUGUACCGUCAAAUCCGAAUGUACGAAUUUUACUCUGGACCGCCUGGCACCGCCAAUAUUUGCCGAAAUUGCUCGAUAUCUGAAUACGGCGUCGCUACGGGAGCUUUCCAAGGUAUCAAAAUCGCUACGAAAUAUGCUGUACACCUGCUUCCGGGCGCACGGGGUCGUGGAGGUGAUGUGGAAGAAGCUGGCGGAUAAAUGGGUGGAGGAUGGAUUUAAAUGGAGCUUCCCGCGAACCGAUUUUCCGGUGAAAUACGAGUUUUUCCCUUGCCCAGAGCUCAACGAACACAUCAAAAGCUGCCCGUUUUCGGAUCGAGCCGAGUGGCCAGAAUCCAAGGUGCCAAUUUUCCCGGCUGAACUGCUCUCCCCGAUCAUUGGCAGCCAGGCGGAAGCGCAAGCAGAUCUAUACGCCGUGCCGGACCUGUGGAGAGGAGACGUUCCGGCGUCAAACCAUUCAAAGGGAGGCGUUUUAGGAUCUAUGCAAUUGGCGCUCACCCGCGUUUUCAUCGACCACCCUCGAAUCAUGCUCGCCCGCUACAUGCAGGUGAUGAACCGGCGGCCGCUGCUGACCCAAUGUGUAUCGUCAGCGCUCAUCGCCGGCGGCGGCGACCUCCUUUGCCAAAAAUUGGUCGAGAAGCGAUCAUGGGAACAAUACGACGCCAUCAGAACCGGGCGCUUCUUCGUCUUGGCUGGAGUUUUUAUUGCCCCAGCCCUAAACCGAUGGUUUCGAGUGCUGGAGAUGGUGCGCGGCGGCAACCCGAAGCUGAUCCCGCUCAAACGAAUGCUGAUUGACCAGAGCACAUUUUCCCCAAUUUUCAACGGCCUCGUCCUGUUCAAUCUGCGGUUGCUGGAGGGCUUCAACGUCAAAGAUUGCGCCGAUUUGACAAAACGGGACUGGUGGCCGGUGUGGAGCACGAGUUUGAUGUUCUGGCCCUUCAUCCAGCUCGCCAACUUCUACCUUGUGCCCCUGAACAUGCGCGUCGUUGUCACGCAGAUCGCCGGCCUCUUCUGGAACUCGUACCUCAGCUACAAGACGCAAACCAAGCUCGAUGUG